GGAGCAUCCGGCUCGGACUGGGCUGGGGAACCAGUCUGGUUACUGGGCUCGUCGGCACCGUCCGGUCUUCUCCGGAUGUGCUCCACAGCCACGGCUGAUGGGAGCUUCGGUGCUUUUAAUGCCUGGAGGCUGAGUUGUGUUUAUUGCUAUGGCAACGCUAACAUCACACACGCGCUUCUGGCAGAGGAAGUUUAGUUUGGGUUUCAUCAGGAUGCAGCUGAAUGUUUGUUUCAAGGCUCCGACUGAAUGUUUGUCAACAAAACAAAUGAUGUCGUCACAGGUUGACUGAAUCAACGUGAACCAGAGCAGAGUGUAAAUGUGUCGGUGGAGGUUAAAAUCACUGAUGGGACAUCACUAAAAGUCUAAAGAGUAUAUCGGCAGUUUGGAGGUGGGGCGCCCCGGCAGCCGAAUGGAGAUUGUCGCAGCCAUGAGGAGAAUCAGAUAUGAAUUCAAGCUGAAGAACAUAAAGAAGAAGAAGGUGAACAUUUUUGUCUCCACUGAUUGCGUCAAAGUGCUCCUGCGCAAAAAGAAGAAGAGGAGAGGGUGGUCAUGGGAUGAGAAUUCGCUCUUGGUGACACAAGAUCCCAUCUACAGGAUCUUUUACGUCUCCCACGAUGCGCAAGACUUGAAGAUUUUCAGUUACAUAGCGAGGGAUGGAGAGAGCAACGUUUUCCGCUGCAACGUGUUCAAGUCCAAGAGAAAGUCUCAGGCCAUGAGGAUCGUGCGGACGGUGGGUCAGGCGUUUGAUGUGUGUCACCAGCUGACCCUGCAGCAGAAAAGUGAUGAGCAGGAAGACGGAGAAGAGGGGAAGUUGGAGGAGCCGGAGGCCGCACCAGCAAAGAAGAGGUUGGUGUUGUCGAAGGAGACAGACCUUGAAGGCACCACAGAGGAGAGCAUUGAGUGUGUCUCAUCAGACCUGGAGAAGAGCAAACAGGAUGAGACCCUGGGUGCUGAUGGGAAGGUGUCUGAUGAACUCCCUCUUCUGCUGAGCUCUCCCAUGCUGGGAGCCUGUGCAUUGGGUCAGGUCGCAGCAGAGGCCUCCUGCUCUGCAGAACAUCAGGUCCAGCUGCUUCAGAAGCAACUGCAGCAGGAGGAGCAGCAUGCACUGGCAGCUUCAGCACAGGUCCAUGUGCUCCAGGACCAGCUGUCAGUGGAGAUGUGUGCACGGACGGAGGCCCAGGCCCGGGUCCAGAGGCUGCUGCAGCAGAACACCGACCUGCUGCAGCACAUUUCACUCCUGGUCAAACAGAUUCAGGAGCUGGAGCUCAAGUCUUCAGGCCGAUUAACGUCCAUGGGCUCUCAGGACAGUCUGCUGGAGAUAACCUUCCGGGCCAGACCCCCCAGUGCUCCCUGUGCUCCCCUCACUCCUUCUUCAUCCGCGGGUCCGUCCCAGCUUCAGAUCAGCGACGGCUCCUGGUUUUCCGCUUUGCCGGGACCGUGCUCUCCAAGCGCCGACCCCAUUCCUCUGGGCUCCAGCAGCAGUGGGGUUCGGCUCGAGUGUUUUCGUUUCUCCGCGCUUGGAUCGGACAGCCAAGCACCAGGCCAGGACACGGGGGAGACCCCCAGUGAUGAGAGCUCCCUGCCGGGGGAGCAGGUCCUGGGAGCCCUGGAGCUGCUUCGUUUCAGAGAGUCUGGGAUCGGAUCGGAGUACGAAUCGAACACAGAUGAGAGCGACGACCGUGACAGCUGGGGUCAGGGGGAAGCAGCCGGAGGGGAGGGCGCAGCACGGCUCCUCAAUGUUCUGAAUGCAGAGAGCCUGGCAGACUGCUUGGGAGAUGAGAUGGCUGUUUAGUGGUGCUGUGGCAGCAGCUUCAGACCUAUGCACCACCUCUUAAAGGACAGAAUCUGACUGAUGAGUCAGAGAGAGCGUCUGCUUCAUCUGCUGGUUUAAUUACAUUUCAGGCUUUUCUGUUUUUCUUUUCAAGUAAAAUAUCUGGAAAGUAGCGUAGCCGAAAGUCCUCAUCAAGAGUUCUUCUGUCCCAGAGUUGAAGCUCCUCUCGUCCUAGCAGACGGAUGGAGACGGGUUGUGUUGCUUGUUUUCGUUUCCUGUCUGCAUCUGCAGCAGUAAUGUGUUUGUUAGCUCAGCUAUGAGCCAAGUCUGUGACCGGUGUUCGAAGUGUUUCCUAAAAAUCUUUAAAAAUCUUUACCUGGUUUGGAUCAAAUAGGUACGGGGGUGGAGAAAGAGGUAAAAUCACAUCCUCUGUGAAAGGAUUCUCCUGAUAACACAACACAUUCUCACACCCGAAGCGGCUAAAACUGACAAAGAGAGACCAAGCAUCUGUUUCUGACGCGUUGGGAGCACAUUUCACCAACAUUUAACCUCUAACCUCUUGCUCUUUAAAGGGGCAUUAUGGAAGUUUGACAGCCAAAACAUGUAUAGAAAUAAUAAAUGUCUUCUUCAUACAUUCUCCUGCAAUGCCCUGGUCCUGUAGAAUGAGCCCUGGCAUUUUUACUGUGAUUGCCUGUUUUUCUGUAAAAUCACAGAAAAAGAGAGAUGCUCGGGUCGAGCAGGCUGCUUCAUGCGCGUUCACGCUCAGGCAUCGCCCGUAGCAUUUGCUAUCCGUAGCUUUAGCAGCAGAGAGAGAGGCAGUGCCACUUUGUCGCUGUUCCUAACGCCUAGUGACAAAGCUAGCUACAUUUCUGAGGACCCUUAGCUACUUUCUGUAGAACUUUCUUCUAGAUAUUUCCUGCUAAUUAGCAACAAAAUAGCCAUUUUCACUCCAAACCGUUCUUUGAACGUUGUUUCAGCUGUCAUCAAGGAUAUAAAUGUUACAGGUACAAAAAAUGUUACUGGUGCUUUAGCUCACCUAGUAAGGUGUCUGACUCUCGUGCAGAAGACCUGGGUUCAAUUCUGGGUGUGAACAUAGUUUAUUUAGAGUUAUUUUUUACAUUAAUGGUAUAUUUUUUACAGUAAGAUGCCCAAAUUUUUAUUUGAGACUCGCCGAACGGCAUUGAAUUCACAGAUAAAAAAGAUGUGGGUUCAACUUUCAUUUUGGAACAAUUUUUCAAGCAAGGGAAGGGAAUGAUCUGAGCAUGCAGGAGGACUGACCCAUCAUAAACCUUUGUCGGCUGUGCUGAAGAGAAAGCUACAGAACCACAUUAUUUAAUUAAUUAGCUGUGUGUUCUCCUGUCCUCUGGGCCACACACACACACACACACACACACACACACACACAUACACACGCGGGACUGUCUCAGCUGUUAUUUUCGGUAAGGAGUGUGCACGUACAGCAUGCGCGCCUCGUGCACAAGCCUACUAUUGAAGCUGCCGUUACGUUUUUGGCCUGAGGGGGCAAUCGCGAGCAUAAAAAUUCAAAAGUCCGUAAAGUCCCUUUAACCAUCCUCUCAACCCCAUCCUAACCUCAGCCCAGUGUUGCCAACGCAGCAACUUUGUCGCUGUUCCUAACGACUUUUUGAUCCCCUCAAUGACUUUUUCCAAAAAGCGCCUAGCGACAAACCUGGCGACAUUUCUCAGGACCCGUUGCUACUUUCUGUAGAACUUCCUUGUAGAUAUUCCCUACAGAUUAGCAACAAAGAAACCAUUUGCACUCUGAACCGAUCUUCCGGGAGUAAGGAAAGAGAACGAUAAUCUGCACAUGUGCACGAGGACUGACCAAUCAUAAACCGUUUUCAGCUGGGCCGAUUCGCCGAAGGCAAAGGUACAGUUGCAGAGUUGCAGACCACCGACAUACCUCUGCUGCUGCUGCAGGCUCACGCUUCUACUAGAGACGGCGCGGGCGUCAACCUGCGAUCUCUGGUUCUGCAGCCGUCAGACACUUUGGUUUUUCCUGCAUUUGACAAAUAAAGUCAUCGGGAGUUUCAACUACCGUCCCGCUUACACACGCAGCUCUGUGGCUCAUCUGAAUUUCCUUCAGUGACACAGGGAUGGUUAUACUAUGAGACACCCGCUCCCUUUUGCUCGGUGCGCCGUUAUUAUCGCGAUGGAGAGAAUACACAACAGAGAAGUAGAGAAACUACGAGGUGUAAAAAAACAGCUUUUUAGGAAAAUGUCUGAGAAUGAGGAGAGCAGGAGGUCUGAGUUAUAUCCUACAAAAGAACUGUUUGGAUCACCACACCAUAUCUGUCUUAAUGUCACUUUAUUGAUACUUUUGGAAUUUAUUGUACAUAUCAAAGCAAUUUGGGCCAUUUUAAUCAUACUAAUUAAUAACUUUAACACAUAACAGUUUUUGUUAUUUUCCUCCCUUUUAGUAUAUCUUUUAGAUGCUAUGGGGAAAAUGAACGCCAAUGUGGCGUGACAACGUCAUCAAUAUGUAAAUUAGCACGUGACGUCACCUGGCAACAUCUAGCCACUUUUGGGGGGAACUUCAGCUACUUUCAGUCAAAAACAGUUGGCAACACUGCCUUAGCCCAGUUUCUCCUUCUAAACUUCUCGUUAACCGUGUUUGAGACGGACGAUACAACAAGAAACAAAGCUUUGCACACUCCAGUGGGUUAAGGUUAGGGUGGGGGUGAGGGGAAGGUUAAAAUACAAGAGGGUAAAGGUCACAAUUUGGUUAAAUCUCCGUUUUACAACGAGCGUUGGAAGGUGACGCUCUGGCACGGCGCGUUGCCUCCCGACCAAGCCCCCACAAUGCGGCUAAAAAAUUGAGGCCAACCCAGAAGUACCAACAAUUGCAGUUCCACCUUCAUCCACUAGGGGCUGGUGUCAGAAGUGAGCAAAUCCUCAUUGACUCCCAUGUUAAAAAUACCAAUUUCACAGCAGAAAUAAACAUGUUUACAGCCUGGUACCAGAACAUGUUUUUGGUUUAAAUGAUCUAGUUUACACUCAUGACAACUCUGAGGGGGGUGAAUUUUUUUCUCACUCUUCUGUUUAAGUGUAUUAAAAGUCUAAAAUUCUGUAUAAUUAAUGAGCAUCAGACCCACGUGACCACAGAGCUAGCUCCGUGGAAAGGCCUCAGCAUGGACGUAAUUUUCACUUUAGAAGUGGGGGGGACACGGGGGGAGGGGGGGGGGUAUCUUUACAGUAUGUUCUAAAGAGAAACAGGCUUCAACACAAACAGUUGUUUUCCUUGGUCCUAGAGCUCAACCAGUGUCAAUUUAACAUAGCGUAAUAUUGUUUUUGGAUGGUAAAAAGUGCAGGGGUCAAAACUUGACUUUGGAAAAAGUGGGGGGGACAUGUCCCCCCUGUCCCCCCCCCCCCCAAAAUUACGUCCAUGGGCCUCAGUAGAACCUCGGUCUGGCUUGGAAACUGUUCCGGGAUUUUGAGUCUCUGUGUUUGUGUUUUCUGUUUUGGAUAUUUUUUGUGCAAUUGUUGGGCAAAAUGACUUGCUGUGGCAUUAAUUGCACUAAUAGAGCGUCCAAGGAGUCUCCACUUCAUUUUUUUUCAGUAAGUAAAAUUAUAUUUAUGUAUUUUAGGUCACUGCCGAGCUGAGCUUAGAUUUUAACAUGUACUGUUUAACCAUGAAAUUUAAAUGUAAUAGGGUAAAACCCAGUGCAUUUAACAUAAUGCUGCACUUUAGAAAAUGGGUUGAAAUAUAACAUGUUGGUGGAGCUGGGUUCCGACUAUCGGCUUGUGGAGCUCUCGGGGGACCUCUGUGUUCCACCCGGUUCUCCCCUCCCCGCAGCUCGGCGCAUCUCUGUCUGAUUGUGGCUUCUGUGUGCUGCGCAGGCUAACGGCUUGUGGAGCUCUGGGAUGGAAACCUUUCCACCCGGUUCUCCCCAGCGGCAGCUCUGCGCAUCUCAUCGCAGCGGCGCUGGUCUGCUGUGCGGCUGCCGGCUUGUGGAGCUCUCGGAGACCUCUGUGUUCCACCCGGUUUUACCCAGCGGUCAGCCCGGCGUAUCUCUGACUCAGAAGCUCUGGUGUUGUGCACAGUUUCCUCCGGUUGUAGCUAGGUUGCUACCUCCGUUAGCUUAGCUCCCACCUCCGCGUUAGCUUUGGGUUAGCUUCAGGUUAGCUUGUAGCUAGUUCGACCGGGUGUCAUCAGUCGAUCCCAGCCUUACAGCCCCACCCUCAGCUCCACCUCUCUUCCCUUUUGUGGAAUUGUCUACGCUUGACGGAACCUGUGACACGGUCAAAAUGGCGGUGGUGGCCACCUCCCAUUUAGCCUCAAAAACAUGUUAUUGGAGUCUAUGGAAACGAAUUGUCCAGUAUAUAUGUCGAUGCUCCCAGCACGUCAGAAACAAAUGCUUGGUCACCGCGCGUCAGGUGUGAGAAUGUGUUGGAUAACAGGAAAUAUUUAUAGCAGUCUGUUCUCAGCGUCACAUGAUCACAUCAACUUCUGCUUUAAAAAAUACACCUGCUCAGCAGUUUACCUGCUUAGAUAGCACCGACUCUGGUUGUUGCUAUGGGAACGAACUGGGUUCAUUGUAUGUGUUGAUUCGUCAGUCGUGUUUAAACCUUCACAGGACAGAAAAUCAUUUGUUCAUUUCCUCACUUCUUCAUUGCGGUCCAAGUCUUGCGUUACGUUGAUGUUGACAGAACGGCACACAGCAGUGCAUUCUGGGAACGUAGGUGUGAAAUAUCAGGGAACGAGGUGGUCUUUGUAAGGGUAAAACAUAGUGUUACAAAGUGCAGCUGGGCUUUUUGUGAGGCAGAACAGCUUUCCUGUAGUUAAGGUGUCUGUCUCUGGAAGGGAGCGCCGACCUCCGUGACCGACGCCAGCGUGCUAAAUGACGGACAGCUCUGUGACAGUUCGGUACAAGAUGAAACAGCUAAACCCCGCUUGGCCGGGAGGUUUAGACUCGUACCUUGGUGCAGAUGUUUUGUACAGUUGGCUAGCUUAAAAAAAGCCUCAUAUCUUUCACCUCUGAGAGGGUGGCGCCCCCUAUGGGCCUCCUUUGACAACAAGCCAGGAUGGAUGCUGCGCUGCUUUGGCAGCUGUGUUUUGUCUUCUGACACAUUCACACACAUUUAGCUGAGUAAUGCACAGUGAUGUCAUGUACCACUCUAAUAUUGUUGUCAGUCAGGUGGCUCAAGUGUCUCCACGUAAUUUAACUUUUCUUCUGGUUUCUAGGCCGCUGAACUCUGUCGGUGAAUAAAUAUUACAGAUAAAAGUCGUCCGGACCCCGUCUGUCUCUAGCUUCCUCUCAGCCACGUGCGCUGCGCACAUCAGUCAAGGUAGUUUUGGACACAGCUAAAGGAAAAAGUCUCAGAGGUUAAUGCUAAAGGUUUACAUUCAGAGGUAAGCCAAUAACUUCAAUCAGACCGGUGAAUGUUCCCGGUGACGGAGGAGGUGUGCCGUAAGAUGGUGGUGAUUUUUUUUUGGUGGGGGGGGGCAUUUCUCAAAAUCUAUGAUUGAAAACACAAAAACCUUUUUUAUUCAGUGAUGUUAUGAAGUGUGAACUCAUUUCAAAUCAUCAUAACACAAUAAAAUGCCUAAAUGACCCUGAUGAGGUGUCUACACAUGCCAGAAGAACCCAAAAUAGAAGAAUGACGUGUUUCCACUUUGCCAUUAAUGACAGCUUGGAGUCUUUUGUGGUAACUGUGGUGAAUGUUCUGUGUAUAAAAGCUAUGAAAGCCUCCAGUUCUUCUAAAUUAAUGGUGCAUCUGUCAUGAGCACACCCCACAGUGGUCCAAGGAAACUGAGGUCAGGAGACAGAGGUGGACACUCCAGAACCUUCAUAUUCUGCUGGAGCCAGCGGCAGGUCCACCUGCUCUUGUGUUUUGUGUGACCAUGCACAGCUUUCAGGCUGAUGAGCACAAAUUCUCCUUCAGUAUUCAGAUUUUUUUUGCCAUGAUCCAGAGCCUUGGUAAUCAAUCAAUCAAUCAAAGAUACUUUAUUAAUCCCAGAGGGAAAUUAGUUUCAGUACACACAAUUCAGAGAUCAGACAUAGAUGGGCAAGACACAUGACAAGAAUUGGUGACUGUGGUCAUUCGCAACCCUGAGUCGCGCCACCUUAAUAGAGAUAAGAGGGGUUUACAUGAGGGUAACUCACACAUCCCCAAAACAUCAGUCAACCACCUCCGUGUUUCAUAGUAGGAAUGGUGAACUUUUCAUCAUAAGCCGUGUUGACUCCUCCCCAAACAUAAUUUUUAUGGUUGGGACCAAAAUGUUCCCUCCAGAAAUGUCGAGGCCUGUCUCUGAGCUGUUGGGCAUUUUAGAAGCCAAAUGCUUUGUGGCAUUUCUUAUGGUAACUCGGCCUUGUAGCCCAUUUUUCUUCAAUUACAUCCUUUUUGGGCUUCUAGGAACAGCCACGUUAUAUUCUUUGAGGGAGAUCUGAAUGUCAGCCAAAGUUAUUUGAGGGGUUUUAUUGGCAUCACUAAUGUUUCUGCAUGUUGUUGCAGAAAUGUGUGUUUUGGUUUCCACAGAACUCCUAAUCAUCCGCUUCUCUAUCAGCGUUCUAACACCGCAGAUUGGCGCUAUCAGUAUCUUUUAUGAUUCUUUUCCUGGCUUUUAGAGUUCAAUUUCCUUUUCUUGCAGAUCCUGUGAAAGUUAUUUAGAUCUUCCCGUAACUCAGAAACAUCAGCGCAGCUCUGGAUGGAAGACACGGGGUUUUUCAGGAGCUCAAAAACUCACACACCUUUUGUAAUCACACACUGAUGCAAGCAAGCAGAUCACAGGUGAGGGUGGUUACCUUCAGCGGCCAUUUAAACUCACUUGUGUCAACAGUGGCGGUUCUACAUGGAAUUACUCCCCGGGCGAGGCCCC